AUCUUUGGUACCCAUUUUAUUUCACAUUUUCCUCCUAGCUCGUAAUUCCCAGUCCCCUGAGAAAACUUAAUGGAGAAGUCAAGGAAUGCUGGUUUCUGCGGAGGCGGUGAAGAUGAGGAAAGGCAAACCAUCAAUGGAAGUUCGACAAAUAUCAACCGAUAUUUGCAAGAUACCGAUCUCAGUAUUGGUGCCCAAAAUGUCUUGGGGAUCAAUCAGAUUCAGACUGCAGUCGAAGUCGAAGCAGAGUCAAUGGAGCAACCGGAACCAGGUCAACGUCAGCCAGCAGAUAGAUCCACGGCAGAUUCUCAUUCAGGAGGAAUUAUUCGUCAAAUUACUAAGGCAGAAAGGUCUGAAAGGAAAAGAAAGAGCGACCAAAAAUAUAGGAAUAAAGUCAAGUUUAACUAUGUAGCAACAAUAAACAAGAUUUUGAUGCCAUCAAAAAAAAUGAGAGAGAGAGGACGAGAGAGAGGGAGAGGAGGCGACCGAAGGUCUACGGCAAGAAGGACAACACAGAGUAGAGGGCGUGGAAGAUCUACAGGUAAAUGGCAAGAGAGGAGGACUAUGCCGGUGGGACAGAGGAGAAAUCAACUCAACCGGAAUCAACUUCAACAGGGAAAGUUAGGAGAUUCUUAUGACUGGGGGCUUUACAAACAGGCUGUACCGUAUUUUUUUACAAACUUCCCAGAUGAGUGGACUUAUGCUGACAUGUGGAACACUUUUAGAAGGUAUGGUAGAGUAUAUGCCAUCUACAGUCCAAAUAGGAGAAGUAGGAAUGGUAGCAGGUUUGGAUUUGUGAGAUACUUAGAGGUGAAAGACAGAAGGGAGCUGGAAAUGAGGCUGGAUCAGAUUUGGGUUGAAGGAAGAAAGUUGUGGGUGAAUACCCCGAGAUAUGUAGAGGCAAAGAUGGAGGUGCGUGAACAGAAAACCACUCAAGGUUUUGAACCGAAAAUCCAAACGAGGAGCUAUGCUGAUGUGGUGAAGAGCCAUCAGGAGAAAGAUCCAGAGGAGAAAGGGAGUAAGCAUUUCACGGUGAAGCAAUCGGAAGGGCAGAGAAACAUCAGAAGCCAAGCUAGAAGUGAAGUGGGAGGUAGUGAUAACAGGAAAGAAAAAUUUUACAUGGAAGGGUACUUUGCAUGUCGAAUCCGAGCAAUGGGGGGAAAAUUGGUGUUACUUGAUUGUGAUGACAAAAAUGAGCUGAAGGAUUUGGUGGAGUCGGCAUCAGAGUGGUUAGGACAAUGGUUUGCAGAAGUGAAACCAUGGUCACCGGAAAUGGUGGCGGAUGAAAGGUUUGUGUGGAUUAGGUGCCAAGGAGCACCCUUAAAUGUAUGGGGGACAGAUUUUUUUGCAAAAAUGGGUAGCUCUUGGGGAAAAUUCAUCUGUUUGGAUGACAACACAAGUCAAAAAAGAAGAUUUGAUGUAGCUAGAUUCUUACUCUCAACACGGAUCAUGAAUACUAUAUCAGUCUCGAGACAGAUUAGAAUAAAUGGGUCCAUGUACAAUGUUAAAUUCACGGAGGAGGAGUUCACCAAUAGCUUCUUCUCCUUGAAACAGGACUUCAUGCCAACUUUUCAAAGUGAGUCUGAAAAUGAGGAAUCUUGGUCUCUGGAUAGUGAUAGAGAUGUUAGUGAUCUGGAAAAAAUAGCAGAGUGGGAGCAAGAGAAAAAAAGAGAUGUUGCGCCAGAGGAGGAAGAUGAUGAGGUGGCAUACAGUAAAGGGGAGAUUGAUGGAAAGUAUCUGACACAAGAUCUGCAAGUCAAAAAAGGGUUAAUCGAAGUUGUGGCAGAGAGCUCCGUUAGAGUUCAAAAUUCAAAUGAAGAUUUUAUCAGUGCAGCGGAGAAAAGGGCGGUGCAAAAACAGGGGAAUUUGGAAAUUGUGGUUGGAAAAGUGGGCUGCAAUGAGAAACAUAGAAGGAGGCUGAAGUGCAAGCCCAAAUCACAAGGAAGCAGCCCAAGUUAUGUAGUGUCAUCCAAUGAAGGAAUGGGCCAAGGGCUAAGGGGAGUAGGCCCAUCUUUGGGUAAAAUAAUAGUGAUGAAUAAAGACAAAGGGACAAGGGCGGUAAUUUAUGAAGAUGAGGAAGGGAAAGCUGUCCAGAGGGAGACCGAUGAUGAAGAAGAGCAGAGGCAAAGGUCAAAGCAGAAGGGGGCGAGGGGGGACAAGGUAACUUCUUCCGUGGAGGAAGUGAGGGAGUCGAGCUUGUGGGAACGUGAAGGUGACGAAGAACAGAAGCAGAUCUCGAAGCAGAUGGGAGCGAGGGGGACCAAGGCGUCAACCUCCGAAGUGGAAGGAAGUGAUUUGGUGCAGUGGGAUCACGACGGCAACGCGUUGCAGAGGCAGAUCCUGAAGCAGAAGGGGCCGAUAGCACGUCUGCAAAAAAGGAAGAAGAAAGUUAAGCUGUGUAGUGCUGUCUACCGGAGGGAGGGGGAGGCGGGUGUUGAACGGGGAAAAAAGAAAAAAGAAGGUAGUGCAGAUCAGAUCCGGAAAACAAAGAAAGGAAGAUUAACGUCGGUGUUUUUGGCCAGUCCAAAUGGUGAGAUAGCAGGGGAAUCCAUCGGUGAUAGUGGCAUAGAAAACUGUAACAGGGCUUGGAAGGAACAAAUGCACAGCCACCUUGCCAAGGAGAUUUGGGAUUUAGCCAAACAAUUGGGUGCAACAACAGAGAAGGACGAGGCGAUGGUGCAAAGGAUUGAAGAGAUGGAGAGGAGAGACAGACAAAAAAAGGAAGAAAUGGUUCAUUGGGAAACCGAGGAAGCAAAGAAGGAAACUAAAUUGGAAGUUGUAGAUAGGAAAUUAUGCAGGGGAGUGUGGGGCAGUGAUAAUUUUGAUUGGACUUUUAAACCUUCAGAGGGCUUAUCUAGAGGACUUCUAUGUAUCUGGGAUUCAUCGGUGUUUGAAAGGAAGGAGGUAAUUGAGGGGCGCUCUUUUAUAGGAGUGUUUGGGGUAUGGGGAGAAGAGAAGAUACUGAUUCAUUUGGUUAACAUAUACUCUCCAUGUACACUGGCGGGCAAAAGAGAGUUGUGGGAGGAGCUGGGUAACUUAAUCAACAGAAGGAAGGGAAGAUGGUGCUUAGGAGGCGAUUUUAAUGCUGUUACUAGGGUAGAGGAGAGGGCGGGGUGUAAGGAUCCAACCAUAGAGAUGAAUGAGUUUAACAGCUUUAUUUAUGAUGCGGGGCUGAUAGAUUUACCAUUGAUAGGCAGGAAAUCAGUGUCAGAUCAUUGUCCGCUAGUUCUGAAGAAUGAAAAAGUAGACUGGGGACCAAAGCCGUUUAAAUUCUUCGAUGCGUGGUUGGAGCAACCUGAAUGCAUGGAGCUGAUAAAGAAGGCCUGGAAUUCUUCAGUGGAAGAGGGGAGAAAGGGAUUCAGACUAAAGGAGAAACUGAAAAGUACUAAGAAAGCCUUGAAGGAGUGGAGUGGCAACCACAUGUCGGAAUUAGAUUGCAAGAUAAAGGAAGCUGAAAAGAUGAUAGCUAUUCUGGAUGAGAAAGGAGAAAUUGCCCAGCUAUCGGAAGAAGACUCCAACAGAAGGAAAGGAUGCUUCCUAGAUCUGUGGAAGUACUUGAGAAUCAAGGAGAGUAUUUGGCAGCAGAAAUCAAGGAAGAUGUGGUUGAGAGAGGGGGAUGCUAACACAAAGUUUUACCACAAAUGUGUGAAGGGCAGAUGGAGAAGAAAUGAGAUAAACAGCAUCCAGGUCAAUGGGAAACAGCUGCGGGAGGUGGGGGAGUUAAAAGAAGGCAUGGCAAAGUAUUUUCAAGAUCUGUUCACAGAAAAUGACUGGCUGAGACCAAAGUUGGAUGGCAUCAACUUCAAACAAAUAUCCCAUACGGAUAAUGAAUCCCUUAUGGCUAAGUUCUCAAAGGAAGAAGUUAAAAAUGCAGUGUGGGAUUGCGAGUCAACAAAAUCCCCGAGGCCUGACGAGUUUAAUUUCAAAUUCAUAAAGGCUAUGUGGGAGGACAUAAAGCAAGAGGUUAUUGGAUAUAUUCAAGAAUUUCAUGAAAGAGGCAAGAUGGAAAAAGGAGCAAAUGCGUCUUUCAUAGUCUUGAUCCCGAAGGUCGAAAACCCCCAAAGAAUUGAAGAUUAUAGACCAAUCUCGCUUAUUGGAGUCAUGUACAAGAUCCUGGCAAAGUUGUUAGCUAACCGGCUGAGGAAAGUACUGGAUAAGAUCAUCGGGGAGCAACAAAUGGCAUUCAUUAAGGGCAGACAAUUGCUGGAUGGGGUGAUUAUUGCUAAUGAGGUGAUUGAGGAGGUAAAGAGAAAGAAGAAAAACAGCUUUCUAUUCAAGGUAGACUUCGAAAAAGCUUAUGACAAGGAAUGUCUACAAUCGAGCACAGUAUCAAUCCUCAUUAAUGGAAGCCCAACAAGGCAGUUCCCAGUUAGUAAAGGGUUAAGGCAAGGCGACCCUUUAUCUCCCUUCUUGUUUUUAAUAGUAGCGGAGGGUCUGAACGGCUUAAUGUUAUCCGCGGUGGAUAAGAAUCUUUACAAGGGAGUGAGGAUUGGAAACAUAGGGGUGAUGGUAUCCCACCUCCAGUUUGCAGACGACACGAUAUUUUUUGGCGAAGCAUCAAAGGAGAACAUCCAAGUCAUCAAGUGCGUCUUGAGAACCUUUGAGCUAGCGUCGGGCCUUAAGAUUAACUAUGGUAAAAGCCAGUUAAUGGGUAUCGGGGUUGAGGAAGAGUGGAAAAAGAAAAUGGCGUACAUUCUUCACUGCAAAGAAGGAGAGCUUCCUGUCAAGUAUCUGGGAAUUCAAAUUGGAGGGAACCAUAGAAAGCUAUCAAUGUGGCAGCCAUUAGUGAACUCGUUCAAGAAGAAGCUUGCAAGUUGGAAGGGCCGGGAUUUAUCAAUGGGAGGCCGAAUAGCGCUCAUAAACUCUGUGUUGUCCAACUUACCGGUGUUCCAGAUGUCAGCCUACCUACUUCCCAAAGCAAAGGAGGAGGGAGGAUUAGGAGUAAAAGACUUGGAGAAGUUUAAUGUAGCAUUGAUGGGAAAAUGGCUGAGUCGGCUAGCAAAUAUGGAAGAGGGAUUGUGGAAGAGUGUCAUCGUAGGAAAAUAUGGAGCAGAAGGGGGUCACUGGAUGGACUGGGUGCGGGAUGGCAGGAACAUAGGAUCGUUAUGGUGGAGAGACGUCCGAAGACUCAAAGCCGGGGAGGGAGUAAAUGCGAGAUGGUUGUGGGAGGAUUUUAGACUCAGGAUAGGGGAAGGGAGAGGUGUUAAAUUCUGGUGGGAUUCAUGGUGCGGGGAGGAGUGUCUAGCUAACAAAUUUCCUAGACUGUAUUUCUUGUCAACAGGAAAGGAAAAAGAAUGUCAUGAAAUGGGCAAUGAGGAUCGAACCACAUGGAAAUGGAAUUUAUCUUGGAGACGAAAUCUGUUCGAGUGGGAAGAAGAAGCAGUUCGAGAUCUCAAAAGGAUGAUUGAAGAAGUGAAGAUCAAACCAGGAUGCCCAAAUAGACGGGAAUGGAGCCCUAGCACGGAAGGCCAAUACUCGACAAAAAUAGCUUAUCAAAGGCUUUCAAUGCCAAGGAAGAACCCAGAGGAAGAAAAGAUUUUCAAAAGGGUCUGGAACCCCACUGUCCCUAGCAAAGUGGCUGCAUUUAACUGGAAAACACUGCUGGACAGAAUUCCAACUAAGUUAAAUCUGAUCAGAAGGGGAAUUAUCAAAGACAUGGCAGAUGGAAAAUGUGUCUUAUGCGAGGAAAAGAAUGAGGAUGCCGACCAUCUGUUCUUAAAAUGCAGAGUAGCUAAAGGUUUGUGGAAAGCAUGUGCACACUGGUGGAGAACAAACUUUACACUCCAUAGUGAUUGCUGGACAACAUUUCAACAUUUUGGGGCAUGGACUACAAAGCCACACAUUUCAGAAGGGUGGGAUUGCAUUUGGAAUACAGUUACAUGGACUAUAUGGAUGGCACGAAACGGAAAGGUUUUUCAGGAUUCAAAGGAGGACCAAAAGCGAUUGAAGUCCACUGCUGAGACACUUGAGGCUGAAAAUGAACGACUAAAACAGGAAAACGUUUCGAUGAAACAACAGUUAGAAGAUAAAUCAAAGGAAGUUGACUUAUUGAAGAAGAAUUACGAUCAGCGAUAUGAAAAUGAACAACAAAUGAAGUCUGCUAUGGACUCACUCGAGGCUGACAAUAAAAACCUCCAAAAGGAACUGGAUGACCUUAAAAAUAAGUUUCGCGAAUUCAAUCUGAAGAAAUUUGAAGAAGAACAGCGAAUGAAGACCUUUUUGGAGCUAGGUGAAGCGAAAAAUGGACUAUUAAACACUGCAAAAAGGUCACUUGAAGAAGAAAAUGCUUUGGUGAAGCAGAGAUUUGAAGCAAAAUCAAAGAAACUGGAUGAGCUUGGAAAUGAUUUUGACAAGUUGAAGCAGAAAUACAACAAGCUACAUGGAAGAAAGCAAGGACUAAAGUCGACUAUAAAGAUACUAGAGGAAGAAAAUAGAUCGAAGAAUGCAUUGCUGGAAGGAAUGUCUAAAUAUUCAGGCCAAAUGGUCCAGCUUAGAAGUAAAUUGGAAAGUUUAGAACUGGCUUCAACAUCUUGUACAAAGCGUCAGAGCAUGGCUAGAAGAAGCACAACCAUCAUUAGAGGUUUUGGGCACAAUUGGGAAAGGACGGAGGGAGUCGGACAACUGAGCCAGUCUGAGCCCGCUCGUUUCCCAGUGGCGCAAGCAGUCCGGCUACAGGUCGACGUGAUAAGGAAUUAGGAAAUUCAAUCAAAUUAAUGGUUAAUGACUGUUUGCCAAAUAGUAUAUCUUGAUUAUAAUUUAGUUAUAUAUAUAUAUAUAUAUUUUUUAUAUUAGAGAGUUAAGUGUUUGAUAUAAUAAAUGUUUAAAUUUCUG